AUGUUCUCUAAAACUAUUAAAUCACAAUUAGUUAAACAAAGUAUCAGACGUUAUACGAUUAAUUCCCUUGAUACUGCUGGGCAGACCUCUACUCUGGCUGUCAAAGUUCAUGCAGGUUCUCGUUAUGCAGACAAGGACGGUUUAGCACAUUUAUUAUCAAGAUUUAAUUUCCAAACUACUAAUGAUAAAUCUGCACUAAGACUUGUAAGAGAAUCAGAAUUAUUAGGUGGUAGAUUAGAAUCUACAAUCGAUAGAGAAUUUAUCACUUUGAAAGCUACCUUCUUAAAGGAAAAUUUACCAUAUUAUUUGAAUGCUAUCGCCAACGUCUUAUAUAAGACUUCUUUCAGACCUCAUGAAUUAGUCGAAUCUGUAGCUCCUGCUGCUGGUUAUGAUUUGGCUGUUGCACAACAUAAUCCAAUCAAAAUCGCUGAAGAUGCUUUGUACAACGUAACUUACAGAUCAGAUUUGGGUAAACCUUUGUUAUUCGAUGGUGUUGAAGAAAUUACGUUAGAUGAUAUUAAGGCUUAUGCAAACAAAGUUUACACUCAAGAAAAUAUUGAAAUUGAAGGUUUCGGUAUCAAUGAAAAUGAUCUAAAGAGAUUGGUUGCUGAUUCCUUGAUCAAUACUCUACCAAAGGGUUCCUCCUUAAAGGUAGCAAAGGAACCAAAAUCUUUUGUUGGUGAAUCCAGAAUUAGAAGUCAAGGUACAUCUGUUGCUGCAAUUUCUAUUCCGGUAAUCAAGGGUUCAAUUCCAGAAUAUGAAGUACUAAAAGCAUAUUUGACCUCUCCAUUGUACCCUCUAUCAGAUGCCAUUGAUACUGUAUCAUUCGAUAAAUUCAAUGGUUCUCAUGGUCUAUUCUCUUUGUAUGUCAAGGGUUCAGAUGCUACUGUUGUAGCCAAGAACAUCAAGGAAAUCGUUGCCAGUUUGAAGAAAGGCCAAGAUAUUUCGGUUGCUAAGGAAUUAGCCCAAGUUGAAACUUCUUUGGCUAACGAACAAUCGGUCUUGCCAGAAGCUCAAGAAGUAUUAAAGGUGGAUACGGUGAAGAACUUUAAACUAGGUAAGUUUAGUUAUGUCGCAAUUGGUGAUGCAUCUAAGUUACCAUUUUUAGAUGAGUUUUAA